CAUUAAAUUGUCAAAUUUGGGUGACUGAAUCACCAAACCAAGUCGUAAAAUGAACUAUCCAAGACAGAGAGCACGAAUUCUGGCAAGCGCUGCUCCCAAUCCACAUGGGUCUGCAGGUGUUCGUCCUCAAAUUCAUAGCAAAUCACUUGGAGCUACGUUCAAAGUUAUUUACAGAUAUGCAAAAGUUUACACUAUUCGAGGAGCGGUGUUGUCCAUCAUCUCAACGUCUUUACUUGCCGUCCACAAACUUUCAGAUUUUACUCCAUCUUUUCUCACUGGAGUUUUGCAGGCUCUCAUUGGUGGCAGUUUAGCCACCUCGUAUGUUUCAGCCAUAAAUCAACUCUCCGAUAUUGACAUCGACAAGAUUAACAAGCCAUAUUUGCCAUUGCCAUUAGGCGAGCUUUCAGUUAAAAAUGCCAUUCGCAUCACCUCUUUGUACGCUAUUUUGGGUUUUUGCCUUGGAUGGAGUACCAAAUCCUGGCCAUUAAAGUUGGGUCUCUUGAUAUGGUAUGCUCUUGCAACAGCCUAUUCUGUUCACCUACCGUUACUACGAUGGAAGAACAAUCCUGCACUUGCCGCAAUGUCCAUUUCUUUAGGACGCGUAUGCAUUAAUAUUUUGUUCUACCUCCACGUACAGACAUGCAUAUAUGGAAGGUCACUCCUGCUUUCGAAGCAUAUUAUUUUUUUAUCUGGAAUAUCGGGCAUCUUUGGGUUAGUUAUCGCACUACUUAAGGACAUUCCCGAUGUCGAGGGAGACAAGAUAAAUGGAGUUAACUCAUUUGCAUUGAAAGUUGGGAAAAAACCGGUGUUUUGGUUUUGUAUAUGGCUCCUUGAAAUGGCAUACGGUGUGGCAAUACUAAUAGGGUUAUCAUCAACAGGUUUUUGGAUCGGAUGGAUAAUGGUAAUCUGUCAUAGCAUUCUUGGUUUUAUACUAUGGAAAGAAGCAAACUCGGUUGAUCUCGAAAGCGACGAAGCCAUUGAGUCAUUCUAUAGAUUUAUAUGGAAGUUACGAGGUGUAGAGGACUUGUUGAUGCCCUUAUUAAGAUUUUAAGCAAGGAAAAGGAAAAUGUGUGGUGGAUUUCAUGUUUAGGGUUUGCUUCUUAUCAUUUCAACUCUGUAUGUUUGUUAUUAUAUUUUUAUAUAGAACCUCUUUAAUGAAUAAAAGCAUACAAAUUAAGUGAUCAUAGUUUGAUGUUUAUUUGUGAUGAUCUUCUUUGGCUUUUGUUUUGGAUAUGAAGAUAAUCUUUUAUGUAAUGAAUAUGAAAAUCAUUUCUAAUUUAAUUA